AUCUCAUAACAACUAUUCUUCAUCUUCAAAAAUUAAAUGUCAAGAAGAAACCAGAAGAUGAUGGCGGAUUACGACAGAGUUGUGGGGGUGGCCGUGCUCAUGUUAUUUCUGCAGUUGUCGAUUAGUGUUGAUUUAGUAGGAGCUUCACCACAGGUUUCAGCACUGUUUGUUUUCGGAGAUUCGAUUGUUGAUACUGGCAAUAACAAUUUUCUGAAUUCUAUUGCCAAAGCUAAUUACUGGCCUUAUGGCUGUGAUUCUCCGUCGAAGUUUCCUAAUGGCAGAUUCUGUAAUGGCCAAACAGUCGUCGAUUUCUUGGGAGGCAUGCUGGGAAUCCCAGCACCUCCGCCUUUCGCAGAUCCAGCAACAACGGGUGCCAGACUUAGUGGAGGAGUCAGUUAUGCCUCAGCAGCCGCAGGCAUCCUAGACGACACUGGAAGACACUAUGGCGAUCGCUUCACAUUGAGCCAACAAGUAGUGAAUUUUGAGACGACCCUAGACCAGCUUCGGACUAUGAUGACUCCAGCCAACCUCACUCGAUACCUUGCAAAAUCUGUAGCAAUCAUGGUGUUCGGCAGUAAUGACUACAUCAAUAAUUACCUCAUGCCCUCCCUGUAUCCUUCCAGCUUUCAGUACAGCCCCUCUGACUUUGGCAACCUUCUUCUUAAUCACUAUGCGCGGCAAAUUGUUGCACUUCAGAGUGUAGGGCUACGUAAAUUCUUCCUGGCAGGAGUUCCGCCUCUUGGAUGCAUCCCUAGCCAAUUGGCCACAGGCCGAGCUCCCCCAGGAAGGUGUUUGGAUUAUGUUAAUCAGAUGCUUGGUACGUUUAACGAGGGUCUUCGGUCAUUAGCAGGCUCACUAAACAGAGACCACCCUGGUUCAGUUUUUGUCUAUGGCAACACCUAUGGUGUGGUCGGUGACAUGCUGAAUAAUCCCCCUAGAUUCGGAUUUCGGGUGGUAAAUGCGAGUUGUUGUGGAUCAGGGCGAAAUCAAGGACAGAUAACUUGUAUGCCUAUGGAGGCUCCAUGUUCCAACAGGAACUGGUAUCUGUUUUGGGAUGCCUAUCAUACUACCGAAGCUGCGAAUUAUGUGAUGGCUUUUAGGGCUUAUAGCGGUCCACCAUCAGAUUGCUUUCCUAUAAAUAUCCAGCAAAUGGCUUCAAUAAACCUUUAACUUGUUCUUUCAGCCUGCUACUUCAAAACAUCAGUAUCCAAGUUUUAUCUUGGAUGAAACUGGAAUAUAAAUAAACUUUUGUAUUCGUCUCAA